AUGACAUUCCAGCUGCGACAUGCGCACGGAGUAGCGAAUGGCACUAGGAACGUAUUUUCAGAUAUUCCUCAAUCUCUACUCGCGCAGUCAUUCGGUGUCAAGACAAAGCGUCUGACGACGCACCGUCCGGCAUCCCAGAUAGCCUUCCAGAAUGCCCGGAUCAACUCCAUGAGACAUCUGCGGACUGAAUUACCUCCUUGGGACGAGAUCGACGUUGAAGGGCCUGAUACGGAGAAGAGGGAGACGCUCCUUACGCUGGCUAAGAUGACGAACAAUGCUUAUACCGAGCCGGGUGCAAAGAAUUGGUAUGAUCUUGGACCGGACUGGAACUCGAGCUAUCCCUUUGGUUGGGAACCUGAUUCUGAUGGAUUCAGAGGUCAUAUCUUUGUCUCUACCGACAAUUCGACUGUUAUCAUCUCCGUCAAGGGCACGUCAGCCGGUUGGAUCGUAGGUGGAGGAGGUCCGACCGUCCGCAAGGACAAAUUGAAUGAUAAUCUCCUGUUCUCGUGCUGCUGUGCCAGAGUCGGCCCGACAUGGACACCUGUUUGCGAUUGUUAUUCUGGAGGAGGGAACAAGUGCGAUCAGGAUUGUGUAGAGAAGAGUUUGACGCAAGAAAGUCUGUUUUACCCUAUCGGAACUAACCUGUAUAAUAAUGUAACAUACAUGUAUCCUGACGCCAAUAUCUGGAUAAUCGGACACUCCUUAGGAGGUUCCCUUGCGUCUCUACUCGGGGUGACAUUUGGUGUCCCGGUGGUUACGUUCGAAGCCCCCGGGGAGAAGCUCGCAGCCAAGCGGCUGCACCUGCCUUCGCCACCCUCGACACAACAUAUCACCCAUGUGUAUCACACGGCCGACCCCUUCCCCAUGGGGACGUGUAACGGCGUAACCUCGCCAUGCGCCAUAGCAGGCUACGCUAUGGAGACUCGCUGCCACCUGGGCAAGGUCCGGAAAUACGACACGGUGACCAAGCUCGGCUGGGCGGUCGACAUCCGCACCCACGGCAUCGCAGUCAUCGUCGAGCGAUUGCUCGCAGAAGACUGGGAACCGCCUGUGAAUGGGACAGGCGGCCGGGAGGUGCCCGAAUUCAGCGAGGAAGAGGACUGCGUGGAUUGUUAUAAUUGGGAGUAUGGGCAUUUCAAGAAUGCCUCUUUUAAUUUUGCGGGUAGUGGGACGUGUGGAGGUCCUCUGUAA